AUGCUUGAAGCAUUCUCGAUCCCAAUCUGGGUCUGCUAUGACGGGAAUGCUGCUAUCGACAUGAAGUUGUGUCAUUAUAUCCCGUCCCCAAAAGCCAUUGCCGAUGUGAUUGAGGCACAGAAGUUGGACCAGAUGCAUGGGACAUGGGGUCAGCCGGACGGGAUGUGGGGUCAACUGGACAAUGGAAGUGAGAGCGUUGUUGAUUGGGAUCAGGCUUGGAGUCAGGGUGCCCUUGGAUGGGAUCUGGAUGGUGGAGAACACAGGCUCAUAUCAGCAGGUCCUCAGCAACAUGUAGACCCCCGGUUUCCGGUCCCAGAACAACUCAGUGGGCAGAAGCCAGGACAAGAUUACAAGGUGUUCUUUACAUGGCAACGCAAGGAAAAUAAGAUGAAGGAAGCCAGUGAGACUCCAACUUGCCAGCAGUCAUGUCAGAGCCAUGAGUGUUCAGCAAUGAACCAUGGUAUUCCAGGCAAAUCCAAUACAGCCGUUGUAUUCAAAUGGCAAUCCCAAGAUGAAUUCAAUGGCUUUCUUCUGUGCAUCCGCCUCACAAAGGCCCAGAUACCAAUGACUUGGGGAAACUAUAAUCCCAGCAGCAUUCCCGAUAGCGACUGGGAAGAAGAUCAUUUCCUGCCUGUUCCCACUCCUUCUGGUCCUCCUCCGCCCCAUCUGCCCCCACCCCUGCUGUCCAGUUUCAUGCAGGAUAUCGAGAACUACUUUGGCCAUCAUGGGGUUGCACCCUCGUCAAAUUACACUCAUGGCAUUGAAUUUUUUGCCUCAAUCCUUCAUUUCCAUCUCGGAUUUCAGCUCACAGCAUCAACCCACACAGCCCGUGAUAGAUCAACCAUGUUUGAACAGUGGAUUCAGAGGACUACAUGGAUUAACCUAUGCAAACUCAUCGGUGACUCAGGCGACAACGUUGAAUUGGUUGCAGACGCAUGGAAGCGCAUUAUCACAUGUUUCAUUGGUUACCUUGUUACCCUCCCCAGCUCUCAGUUGUCUCACAUACUGUCUGAUCUCUGGGACCUAGGACCCGAUUCCCCCCUGUUGGCCUUGAAUGCAAACAUUUGA